AUGACGUCGAACAUCCCAACCACUGAAACUAAGCGAAGCAUAGGAGACUUCGCGCGCAAGCCGCGCACAAUCGUUCUGUGCUUCGAUGGUACUGCCAAUGAGUACGGCACGAAGAACACCAACGUCGUCAAGUUCUAUUCGUUACUGAAGAAGGGUUGUCAAGUGGACCAGAUCUGCUACUACCAGCCUGGCAUCGGGACGUACUUCCAGCCCGGCGUCGUGUCGCCAAUCCUUCACUGGGGCGCAGCUGCUCUUGACAAUGCUAUUGCUUGGUAUCUGUCUCAGCAUGUACUCGAUGGAUACAAGUUUCUCAUGCAGAACUACGAGGUCGGCGAUAAAGUGUGCUUCAUCGGAUUCUCACGAGGCGCGUACACCGCGCGAGCACUGGCUGGGAUGCUUCAUAAGAUUGGCUUGCUGUCGAAAGACAAUGAUGCUCAAUUGCCGUUUGCCUACCGGCUAUAUAAGUCGGAACUCGAGGAAUCGAUCACUAUAGCGGAUGGUUUCAAGCAGACAUUCUGUAGGCAGGUGCCCAUCGAGUUCAUUGGGGUCUGGGACACCGUGGCCAGUGUUGGCCUCCUCACCCGGAGGACGCUGCCUUUCGUCACGAACAAUACCACUAUCAGGACGUUUCGGCAUGCGCUCGCCUUGGAUGAACGACGUGCGAAGUUCCGUGCCAGCUACUACCAACACACUGCUCCGCAGCUAGCCGGGGACGUACAACGGCCUGCUACAUCCACCAAACCAUCGAUGAUGAGGCGGGCCACGACGACCCUCAUGCGCUCUUUCUCGGACGUGACUGAAGAUAUGGCGCCUGCCGACGGGUCGUCGAAGAUCAAGCCCUCUUUCUGGAAGCGUGUGAGCCAAGAGCGCCAGCUCACCUUACGUCGGAAACCCUUACCGAGCCAACCCACCAUCGUCGAGCAAGGUGGUGACUCGUACACCACGAACGUCCGGGAAGUCUGGUUCGCAGGUGGACAUGCUGAUAUUGGCGGAGGUGUUGCCGCGGACACGGAUGAGGCUUCGCUCGCAGAUAUCCCCUUGCGUUGGAUGGUACACGAGGCUAUGCGAGCGCAAUGCGGCAUUCUCUUCGAUAGCAAGGCCCUUGCUCGACUCAGGAUUCCCACCCACAACAUCUUCAAGCCGCGUACUGCGAGUAGCAGUAGCCACUCUCGUCCUCAAGCCACGCUGCAUGACUUCCUACCGCGACGCGCUGCAACCUCUCCCGCUGAAGAACGGCCCCGCUUCAACUUGGAUACGCAUAGCUCGACGCACGAAUCGGUUUUCAUGUCGGAUCCAGGAGAACAUACUGAGCUGGACGAACGGAUGAUCGAGGCUGCCAAACAGCCCAUCAGCGACCAGCUACGCGAACACAAGUCCUGGUGGCUUCUAGAAUUGAUGCCCACGAAGUUCAUGUGGCAAUCCUCCGACGACAGUUGGAUCAGCGAAUGGAGUAUGCAUCUCGGAGCAGGACGAGGGAUCCCCGAUCGAAAUGGCGAUCCCCCGAUCUUUCAUGAGAGUGUUCGAGUACGCAUGAACGAUCCCGAGCUCAAUUACACCCCACGGGCCCGAUAUGCUUCGGGCAAGCACAAGUGGAACGACGAGUAG